CCGGAUGCGGCUGUGAUUGACGAUACCAGAGAGAAAAAAAAAAAGAUCCCGAAAUUCAAGUGGCGGUGCUGCAGCCUCAGUGGUCGUAGGCAGGAUGCAGACCAUAAAGUGUGUGGUGGUGGGUGACGGUGCAGUGGGUAAAACCUGCUUGCUCAUCUCUUAUACCACCAAUGCCUUCCCCGAAGAGUACAUACCCACAGUGUUUGACAAUUACAGCGCUCAGAUCAGCGUGGAUAGCCGCACCGUAAGCCUUAACUUGUGGGACACAGCAGGCCAGGAGGAGUACGACCGCUUGCGCACUCUCUCCUAUCCCCAGACCAAUGUCUUCAUCAUCUGCUUUUCCAUCGGCAGUCCCUCCUCGCAUGCCAAUGUCAGGCACAAGUGGCAUCCUGAAGUCUCUCACCACUGUCCCAAUGUGCCCAUCCUGCUGGUGGGCACCAAGAGGGACCUGAGAGGUGAUGCGGAAACGGUGAAGAAGUUGAAGGAGCAGGGCCUGGCUCCUACCACCCACCAGCAAGGCAACAACCUUGCCAAGCAGAUAGGUGCUGUUAAAUACAUGGAAUGUUCAGCGCUGCUGCAAGAAGGUGUCAGAGAGGUGUUUGCUGAAGCUGUGAGGGCGGUGUUGUACCCAGUCACGAAAAAGAACACCAAGAAAUGUGUUCUAUUGUAAUGAAUAGUUCCCAGAUUUGGACUGUGGAGAGGGAUGAUGGAGACCCACAGACUCAAAGGAAGGUCACCAUCUAGCAGUCUCUGUGCCACCUCCAGCAGUGCGGACUUUGCUUUUAGCUCCCCUGUUCCUCUUCAUUUGUCUUCAGGAGUAUUUUAUUUUGUUGCCAUCAUCACCACCAAAGUGACUAACAAAAUGCGGGCAACAGACUGGACUGCUUCUCUUUCUUGGACUCUUGCAUUUUAACUUUUGGUAUUUACACAUUUUUCCAAUUUUACGUUUGUCCUAGAGUUGUAGCAUUUCUGCCUUGUCUUAUAGAGUGCUGUUCAUGGUUAUCACAAGCCAUAAUAACAUCAAUAUCAUCCAAGCUACCUUGUAUGAACUGGAGAGGCCUGCCUUUGUUUGGGUAGAGAAAUAUUGACUACCUCAUACUCUCACUAAAGUUGCAUCUCAUUAGUCUGGAGCAACUUCACCAUCAAGGUCCUCCAGUUUUCUUAUUUAGAUGUCAUAAACAGCCAGGGAGAUGUUGAACAAGUUUUCUUUUCAAAGAGUUUAGGUAUGCUUGAACGUGCUCCUGUUGUCUAUACCAUACACAUGCACAGAUUAGAGGUUAAACAUGGCAGAGGUGCUCAGUCUAGCAUGUUAGAGCUGUCUGUCAGGCUGCCCUCACAGCCUCUCGCACUGCUCUCUCAGAUAAAAGCCUUAAAAGCAAUGGAUUAUUUGCCCUAUUCAGUCGAGGAACAGGGGUCAUAAGGCUCUGACAAAUUAACUCCACUGCUACUAGAUUUUCACAGUUAGGUAGUAGUACAGUUUGACUGCCUGUAUCUCACUCGUGAAACUCACCCCAAGUGCCAUUUAAAUCAUGUAAUGUCUAAGAAUUGCUUCGUGUCAGGGUGGGGUUAUAGUGACUGUGUUGUCUAAUUAUGUUGAAUUUACUCUGUAUUUUUUUUUUCUUUAAGCCAUUAACCUACAAGCGUGGUAAAAGGCCAAAGUUGAAUAUAUUUUUGUAAUUGCCUUUAUUUGUUGUAAUACUCAGAUUUGAUAAACUGCAACUCAAGUCUUCCUGUGUUUCAUUAUUUCCUUACAUUUUGAGGUCAGAUGACAUAACCUCUACAUAACUGAGUCAAUAUUAUGUGUAAUAGAGUAUGUUUUAACUGGCUUGUGCUAGAUUAUAUUCUUUUUUAUAUUAGUGUAAUUUUUUUGUAAAUGAAAGCACAGUGUCCUAGCAGCCUUGUCAAUUUCACUCUUCUACCAUGUAACAGCAUUUUGUAAUCGAAGGAGUCUUAUUUGGUCAGGUGCCUUAUUUAAACCAAAGACCGUAGCAAUGCUGCAAGUGCCACCAGAUUUGAUGAUGCGGUUCAAAUGCCUUUAGGUUUCGUAAUUAUUCAGAAGCUUUCUGCAGGAGUUCCUGCCAAUGAACGCACUUGCCUUACCCUCUUCACACACAGGUGUUAAGCUGACAUCUCUUCGCAGUGUGUCUGUCUGUGCAUUUGUGAAAGUACUGGUGCACCACAGCUCUUGCAGAUUGUGCGUUGACACUCUUGCAUUUCACAGUGCAGUGGAACAAAAGGUAUGAGUACAGUGUGCACAUAAAUGUUGCAGCUGUGUUGGUGGAAAGUGCCUUUUCACAUCUGAGGAUUUUUAUAGUUUUUAAAGUUUUUUUUUUUGUUUGUUUGUUUUUUUUUUUAAAGAUGGUUGCUUAUUUGUGCUUACCACUGCCACUAAUAACAGCAACUCAUACUAUCUUGUUUUCAUGUAUUCAUGUGAGCGGGAUACGUAAAGCUAGAAUGUGACCUGUGUAAAGUAUGACAAACAAGCAGGGAUGAACGACAUAUGUGUGCAUGUCUGAUGGCAGUGACAUGGUUUGGGAUCUGCGUUUAGAAUUGUAAUAUUUUCUCGGAUUUGUGGAGGGUGUUCAAUAUAAAUGCAAAGUAUGUUAGACUGUCAGAUGUGGCAACAUUUUUUUUUUUUUUUUUUUUGUGCCAUGUCCUGAUUUCACUUAGAUAAUGCUGUUGAAGUGGAGCAUACACCUGUGGGCUCUUCGUUGUCUGUGUUCUGGAGCUGUAUGCUGCCGUGCGUGGUACUGCGCUUUUACACUGGGAACUUGAUUUGUAGAAUUCUGUAAUUGUUUUAUAUAUAACAAAAACAUAUUUGUAUAAAUGAACUAACAGUGAGAUAAUUUUUAAAUUAUGCCAAAUAAAAUGAUUAAAACCGUGU